UUGUUCGUCUUCCUCCUUGCACUUGCAGCAGUUGCAGACAGGCUGCAGGCUGCUGGAAGGGGUUUCUGGUUGGGAGGGUAAGGCUGGACCUGCCAUUUCCCAGCUUCUUCGCACGGUUGAGAGGCGAAGUGGGAGGAGGAUAGCCAUGGUGUGAUGUCGGGUUGGUGACCAUUCGUUGCUUCGGGAGUAGCCAUGGAUACAAGGAACCGAACAGCUCCGCUGGUUGAUUCCUCGGCAUGCUUGUGCCGAGUGAACAGAUCAUCCGCCGCCGCGGCGGCGAGACGCCUCCCGGCGUCGAAGGCGUGCGUGCAACCGAGCCUCAGGGCGUCCAUCCACCCGCUGAAACCGAAGGCGUCGCCGCGGCCGGGUGACCGGAGCCGCGGUGGGCAAUGCCCGCUGCUCCCCGGCCUCCCCGACGAUCUCGCCAUUGCUUGCCUCAUCCGGGUGCCCAGAGCCGAUCACUGGAAGCUGAGGCUGGUGUGCCGGAGGUGGUGCCGCCUGCUCGCCGGCAACUACUUCUACGGCCUCCGCCGCCGGCUCGGGCUCGCCGAGCAGUGGGUGUACGCCGUGAGGCGCGACGGCAAGGACGGGCACGUGUCGUGGGACGUGCUCGACCCGUGUCGCGGCGCGUGGCGCGCGCUGCCACCAUUGCCGCAGGAGUACGCGGGCGCCGACGGGUUCGGCUGCGCCGUGCUCGGCGGCUGCCACCUGUACCUGCUCGGCGGCGCGGACCCGCGCCGGGGCGGCGCCAUGCGGCGGGUGGUGUUCUACAGCGCCCGCAGCAACCGGUGGCACCGCGCGCCGGACAUGCUGCGCCGGCGGCAGUGCUUCGGCACGUGCGUGAUCGGCAACCGCCUGUACGUCGCGGGCGGCGAGAGCGGCGGCGGCGGCGGGCUCAGGUCCGCCGAGGUGUUCGACCCCGCCAAGAACCGGUGGUCGUUCGUGGCCGAGAUGGCCGCGGCGAUGGUGCCGUUCCUCAGCGCGGUGCACGGCGGGCGGUGGUACGUGAAGGGCCUCGGCGCGCAGCAGGAGGUGCUGAGCCAGGCGUACUCGCCGGAGACCGACUCGUGGUCCGUCGUGCUCGACGGCAGGGUCACCGGCUGGCGGAGCCCCAGCGCGUGCCUCGGCGGAAGGAUCUACGCCGCAGACUGCAAGGACGGAUGCCGGCUGAGGACCUACGACGAUGCUGCGGACGCGUGGACCACCUGCGUCGACAGCAAGCAGCACCGGGGGAGCUCCCAGGCGGCAGAGGCAGCCGCCAUCGUCGUGCUCCACGGCAGGCUCUGCGUCGUCCGCAACGACAUGAGCGUCUCGGCCGUCGACGUCGCAGCCGGGGCGGGGAACCUGCAGGGCUGGGAGACCCUCGCCGGGAAAGCGCAUGCCAAGAGCUUCGUCACGGGCCUCUUGUCCAACCUCGCCGGCCGUGGCCGCGCCAAGAACCACAUCCUCCAUUGCCAAGUUCUCGAGGCCUAGCUGAUCACUUGCUCCUCCAUGUGUUCUGUGCAGAGUCGCACACUGAAAAAAUGAGAAAUUUUUCCAUGUUUUCUGAGGAGUUUUGAUCAGUGAGAAAAUCUCCAUGUUUACUGUAGAGUUUUGGAAAAAAAAAUGAGAAUUACAUCUAAAGGAGGUGAUCAUUGUACAUACAGUUCAUAUGAUAUAUAUUGAUGUAGCACGCACGAUUACUUUCUAUUCCUAAAUUAUACCAAAAAAUUUAA